GACAUCCUUAGUAAGAGAACAUUACCUGAAAAAUGCCAUAGUGAAAGUGGAAGCAAAGAUUCCGAAAAAAAACAAAGUGGAAGCAAAGAGUCUAAUUCGGACAGAACACGCAAAAUUUCAUUUCUGAGUCGUCUGACUUACCUCAGACUUACGGACCAUACACCUGACAAGGCAACAAAAAUGAGUUGAAAGGACUUUAUACAUUCAUAUAUAUAUUUAUGUAUGUAUAUAUGUCCUGUUCUCUACAUUCGAAACCCUAGCAGAAGAAAAUCAAAGUGAAGACUCUCUCAUGUCUGAGAGUGGAUCAUUUUCUGAUUCAAUGAGGCUUGCAUUCUGAAACAGCUGUUGGGUAAUUUCUACAAGUUUCUCUGUAAGUGAGACUGAUGUAACAUUUUCGGUUUAGUGUAAUGUGUUGCUUUCUGUAUCAUAUGCAAAUAUUAGUUGCUUACCAGAACUCUUGAAUUAGAUAGUCCAGUGGCAAUUUUAUUAUCUUCUUCUUACUAGAAAAGCAAAGAAAAGGUGGGAAUAGUUUGAAGAGUAAAGGCGAGUUUGUUGGUUGGGGAAGUUAAAACAUAAUUUGCCUUUUCGGUAUAAAGGGUAUUAUUGUAAUGGCAUCAGGGUCUGGUCGGAAAUCUGUUCCUUCUUCGAGUUCCAUUGAUAAGUCCAGAGUUUUGGACGUUAAGCCUCUGCGUAGCUUAGAACCAUUGUUCUCUUCCCCUACACAAGGCCCACCCUUUGUUUUUUCGUCACCCUUGGGCCCUUUCCCACCUGGGUUCUCUACAUUUUACCCAUUUAGCACAACAUUAGGAUCUCAAAGCUCAUCUGACCAGAAGCAACAGAGUACCCCAGCUGGACAUACCGAUAAAGAAGGGGGUUAUCCUUGUAGUCGGCCAAUAAUAACUUCGCCAGGUCCCAGACCAGCUCCAAUUCGGUCAUAUAGAACGGCAGAGCCCCCCAAAUUUUCUGGCUCUUCAAAUGGAGAUACAGAGUGGUCAAGGGAGACCUCAAGAGAGGUGGAUAUGACAUUUACAAUGCCAAAUGAUAAUAUUGGGGGAUUAGCAAUGAAAGAGGACGGUUUUAUUGAUAACCAGAAUCAGAAUCAGGCGGCUCCUUAUCUGCGUGGCUCCAAAGUGUUGCAGAAGAAGGCAAAGAAAAGUCGUGACGUAGCCUUAUCGUGUUCAGUUGAUGGUGGCAAGGGUUCGAGGAAUAAUUUUACCAUUGGGUUUAGCUCAUUCCAACGAGACGACGGUAAUAGGGAAAUGGUUAACUAUGUGCUUCUGAAUUUUGAUUCACUCCGAAGAAGGCUUAGCCAAAUAGAAGAUGCCAAAGAAGCACCCACCGGCAUUAUCAAGCGUGCUGAUUUGAAAUCUGCCAGCAUCUUGAUGAGUAAAGGGCUUCGCACAAACCUGAGGAAGAGAAUUGGAAUCGUUCCUGGUGUUGAGAUUGGGGACAUAUUUUUCUUUCGGAUGGAGAUGUGUUUGGUAGGAUUACAUUCUCAGUCUAUGGGUGGGAUUGAUUACAUGAUGGACAAUAGUGAACCGGAAGAAGAGCCAUUGGCUAUUAGCAUCGUUUCCUCUGGAGGAUAUGAUGAUGAUGUGGAAGAUAGGGAUGUCCUGAUCUACAGUGGACAAGGUGGAAAUAUUAACAAGAAAGAUAAGCAAGUGGUUGAUCAGAAGCUUGAAAGGGGUAAUCUUGCUUUGGAGAGAAGCUUGCAUCGGGCCAAUGAGGUCAGAGUAAUUCGGGGUAUGAAAGAUGCAGUGAAUUCUUCUUCCAAAGUUUAUGUCUAUGAUGGUCUUUAUACAAUUCAGGAGUCAUGGAUGGAGAAAGGGAAAUCAGGUUUCAAUAUUUUCAAAUAUAAAUUGGUAAGGAUACCUGGGCAGCUUGAUGCUUUUGCUCGUUGGAAAUCGAUCCAAAAAUGGAAGGAAGGUCUAUCAUCGAGGGCUGGACUUAUUCUUCUAGACCUCACUUCAGGAGCUGAAAGUAUACCUGUUUCGCUUGUAAAUGACAUUGAUGAUGAGAAGGGGCCUUCUUACUUCACUUAUUUUCCUACCCUCAAGUAUUCAAAAUCGGUCAGAAUGUUGCAGCCUUCUUUUGGCUGUGAUUGCCAUAGUGCAUGCCUUCCAGGUGAUCUCAAUUGCUCUUGCAUUCGGAAAAAUGGAGGUGAUUUCCCGUAUACUGCUAAUUGUAUUCUAGUAAACCGGAAGGCAAUGGUACAUGAGUGUGGUCCAACAUGCCCGUGCUUUCCUGACUGCAAAAAUCGAGUGUCCCAGACUGGUUUGAAAGUGCAUUUGGAAGUUUUUAAAACUACUGACAGGGGUUGGGGCCUGCGGUCAUUGGAUCCUAUCCGAGCUGGUACUUUUAUAUGUGAAUAUGCAGGUGAAGUUAUAGAAAGUGUGAAGGUAAAUCAAGAUGGAGAUGAGGGUGAAAAAUAUGAGUACGUUCUGGACACAACCCGCAUUUAUGACAAUUCAUUCAAAUGGAACUAUGAACCAGAGUUACUAGAUGAAGAGACAUCUGUUGAUGCUAAUGAGGAUUACAAGAUCCCAUCACCCCUAAUCAUCAAUGCGAAAAAUGUUGGAAAUGUAGCCCGAUUUAUAAAUCAUAGUUGCUCUCCUAAUGUCUUUUGGCAGCCAGUUGUAUAUGAGCACAAUAGUGAAUCAUUUGUGCAUAUUGCUAUCUUUGCAAUCAAACACAUUCCUCCAAUGAUGGAGUUGACAUAUGAUUAUGGGAUGACCUGGUCUGGAAAAAAUGCGGGCGGGAGUUAUAAUGCUUCUCCUGGGAAAAAGAAAUGCUUAUGUGGAACGUCAAAGUGCAGGGGUUAUUUUGCUUGACAACAGUUUAGGAACACAUGCCAGCAGAUAAGCAUGGUAGUCUCAUAAAAGAACAGGAAGGGGAGAAAUAACUUUUGUGGGGCUACUGCAGAAUCACAGGAUUUUAAAAGGGUGUAUCCAUCGUGAUUGUCACCGGACUUGGCCAAUAUUUUUUCACAUCGACCCUGGUCACGACAAUAGCGUCUUUGAAGCGUCUGGUUUGGUUAUGUUUACGGUAGUUGUUCAUAAUUUAGCUCAAGUUCGAGUUAGCAAAAGCUGCUGUAGUAGUUCUAUCGAAUUUCAUUUGGUCUGUAAAAUAUAUAUAUGGUUGUAGGUUGAGAAUUUCUUUGUUGUACCCCUUGUGGUACUGUUAACAAAGCUUCGACAGUUCUUAUCUAUCCGGUUAUGUAUUAAGAGACUUGAACAAAGAAUUUCUUCCAGAUGCUGUUUGUUAAUAGUUCUAUUACUAACUAAAAAUGCAUGAUAUUAUUCUCACUA